GGUGGUGGGGGGGGGGGAAGACCAGAUGGAGUCUAACAUUUUCCAGGGGAGGGAAGAGCUUCGAAAAAGGACGCCUAGAGAUGGAAUGAAGGGCAAAUAGAAAGAGGUUUUCUGAAGGUAGAUAACGUUCCUGGCUCAGUGCUGGACACCUUCGUAACUGUGAAUUCGGCAUUUUCAUCCUACUCCACCUUGCACAUGGAAAGCCCGAGGCUCAGAGAGGAAAACAAAUCUCAUUCAAGAUCGUACAGCCAUUCUUUUUCCCAUUGGCAGGGAUGAGACAGAAAGCAGGCAAGGUGGAAUGGAAAAGUUAACCCGCAGACCCUAAUCUCCACCCUCCUUCUUGGCCUUUCUCCCCACCCCUUCCUUCCUGCCCCACUAGUUAUUUAACUUUGCCCCCUGUGGCUGUACCUGAAACACCCUUGUAGCCAGAGAUGGGGACCGAGCCCACAGAGCAGGUCUCCUGGGAACCCUACUCCGGGUACGAUGAAGAGGCUUACUCGGCUGGGCCAUUGCCGGAACUCUGUUACAAGGCGGAUGUCCAGGCUUUUAGUCGGGCCUUCCAACCCAGUGUCUCCCUGAUGGUGGCUGUGCUGGGUCUGGCGGGCAAUGGCCUAGUCUUGGCCACCCAUCUGGCAGCCCGACGAACUACCCGAUCUCCCACCUCCGUCCACCUGCUCCAGUUGGCUCUGGCUGACCUCCUAUUGGCCCUGACCUUGCCCUUUGCAGCAGCAGGGGCUCUUCAGGGCUGGAAUCUAGGAGGUGCCACCUGCCGAGCCAUCUCAGGUCUCUACUCGGCUUCCUUCCACGCAGGCUUCCUCUUCCUAGCCUGUAUCAGCGCGGACCGCUAUGUGGCCAUCGCUCGAGCUCUCCCAGCCGGGCAGCGACCCUCCGCACCCGGCCGUGCGCACUUGGUCUCUGUCUUCGUGUGGCUGUUGUCGCUGCUCCUGGCCCUACCUGCGCUCCUUUUCAGCCGGGACGGGCCGCGGGAAGGCCAACGGCGCUGUCGCCUCAUCUUCCCCGAAGGCCUCACGCAGACUGUGAAGGGGGCAAGUGCUGUGGCGCAGGUGGUCCUGGGCUUCGCGCUGCCACUGGGCGUCAUGGCAGCCUGUUAUGCGCUCCUGGGCCGCACGCUUCUGGCCGCCAGGGGGCCAGAGCGGCGGCGCGCACUGCGCGUUGUGGUGGCCUUGGUGGCCGCCUUUGUGGUGUUGCAACUGCCCUACAGCCUCGCCCUGCUGCUGGAUACAGCCGAUCUACUGGCAGCCCGCGAGCGGAGCUGCUCCUCCAGCAAGCGCAAGGAUCUAGCUCUGCUGGUCACCGGCGGCUUGGCGCUGGUCCGCUGCAGCCUCAAUCCGGUGCUUUAUGCUUUUUUGGGCCUGCGUUUCCGCCAGGACCUGCGGAGGCUGCUACAGGGUGGGGGAUGCAGCCCAAAGCCCAACCCUCGAGGCCGCUGCCCCCGCCGACUCCGCCUUUCUUCCUGCUCCGCUCCCACUGAGACCCACAGUCUCUCUUGGGACAACUAGGGCUGCGAUUCCAAAGAAGGGGGAGGGCUAAGGAAACGAUCCCAGGGAGGGUAAGUGAGAAAGGGGAGUAAGUGGGGGGACGUUGAGAAAGACUUCAGGACCUAAAGAGAAUUGCCUCUGAGCUUAAUUAAAUUGAUACAAUGCAAAUGAAAUGCAACCCAACUACUGUUACUAUUUUUGAAUCACCAACUUGGGAAACGAGUUGUAGCAGGGCCAAGACAGUGGGUUACACCCCCACCCCCACGCCCCUGCUUGAGCCUGAGUGGGAGGUGUUGGGGGAGGGGGUUGCUGAGUCGGCUAAAGCUUUUGAGUACUGACACUCCCUCUGCCUUCACUCAAGCCUCUGCCAACCGAGGUGAGGUGGGAAAGCUGCCAGGUGAGGAGGGGCGGGGUUCCUUAGGAGUCAGUGUGUAAGAAAGGACUUUCUAACAACCCUAGCGCUAUCCAGUAAUGGCUGCUUUAGCAAGUACCUAGUUCCCAAGCGUGUGAAAUGUGCAGGGUGAUGCUGUCCCAAACUGUGUGUGUGUGUGGGUCCGGUCUGGAGGCAGGGAUAGGAAGCAAGAGAUUCUAGUUUGGGGUGGGUUUUGGACCUCUUCUAAAAGUCCUGCAAUGGAAAGAAAAACACUAAUUAAAAAGUCCAGUCUGCUGGUGUGUUAGCUGCACUCCAGAGGCUGGGGGAGGGAGGGCCUGGGGGGGGGAUCAAGAGCGAUAUCCUGCCUAAGAAGAAAAGAAAAGGAAAGAAAAAGUUGAGUUACAAUUUUUUCACCUAGGAUUAAAAACAGGGGGAGGGGGGAGUGCUCAAUUUGCAAAUUUCCAGAGAGGAGUUAUUGGGUAUGUAGGGAGUUGAGGGAGGGGGGGUGGUGGUGCUUGUGCGGUUCAUUUCCCCUGGGGACCAAGUCAAAGGAAAUGCGUGGAGCUUGCCAGGAAAGAGGGAGGUUAGACAUCAGAAAGAACUCUCCUGCAGGCCAAGUGUCAAGGAUCUUGAAGAGGAAAGGAUGUUAUGGUUGCGAAGUCUCUAGCCAUUUUCUUCCAGUGUGAAAGUACAGACAGGAUGGCUUCUAAGGAGACGGUGCACGGAUUUCUGGUCUUUGCUUUGCACAAUCACAAAUACCAGGACUGGCUCACACGAGACAAUUCUCCCAGUUUAGUAUCCGGUCAGCAAAGCUAUACCCGCUGCUCCAGACUGGAGUCUGGGGGCAAAAAGGGCGUGGCGUGCAGGUCCCUAGAGAGGCGUUGGCUUGAAGUCUUCUCUCGGUCCGGCCCAGCCCUGCCCAGCCUGGCUAGUCAGCGAUCCUAAAGCCUCAGGCGGUAGAGAUUUAAAACUUUGGCCUCUUGGAGCCAGAAGCCAGGGAAGACCGGGAAACUGCACAGAUCCUCCGAGGGGCGCACGCUACCCACCGGAGCCGACCUGGAACCCUCCACCAGUGACCGCGGGAAUCGCCGCUGAGUCAGCAACGCGCGCGCCCGCUGUCUCCGGCUGUAGCACGGGCCCCGCCCUGGACUCCUAGCGCCCUUGUUAACCCCUUCUUGCUCAGAAAUGCAGCAUGUUCGCCCUGGGAGGCCUCCGAUCUGUUUUCUGAGACUACAGAAUUCCCUAGCAUGCCUAGCCAUUCUUCCCUGAACAAGUUAAUACAUUGUAAAUUCGCUUUUA